UACACGGCUCGGUACCCGCUACACCCGCUAUAGCCAAUCCGCGCCGCCGAAGCGUGUGCCCACCUCUCACCUUCAUCAUCACCAUCAUCAUCAUCCUCAGUUCCUCACAGUCAGAGCCAGACACCAGCCGAACAAGACACUCUCAGACAGACCGCACAUGAGAAAGAGAGAGACACUAGCCUACUUAAGCCAGAGCUUCAGCGUUAUUUCUCUUUCAGAAUGGAGUCCUUAACAUGAUCAACUAGUGGAUCCGGACAGCUGUUUCAGGUCCCUGCUUGGAUUUUUAUCUCUUUUUAUCUCAUCUUUGAGUUUCAGCACUGCGCCCGGACACUUUCACUUGUUAAGACUGUGCAACCGCGCCGGUUUCAGAGCACACGCACAUUGAUGGGGAUGAUCGCAGCAUUGCCCGGAAGAUGUGUAUCCCUGGUCCGCGGCUGAGAUCUGUGUCGCCGGCGCUCGUCGUGGGGUCGGAUCCCUCGGUUCACGUCCCCGUGUCAUUCCCUGUGAACUGAGAUGGCUCUUUGCGCUGUGCUGCGACAGACACGCAGACCGCCGCGGCAGGAGAAUCGGACACAUGUAGUUUUAAUCACGACCUAUUGCUUUUUUUGUAUAUCACCGCUGAAACAACUUUGCGCGUUUCCAUCUUCGUUGAGCGACUGUCAAACACCCACCGGGUGGAACUGCUCCGGGUUUGAAGAACAGGACACUGAUCUUUUUCUGUGCGACACAAACACUUGCAAGUUCGACGGCGAGUGUCUGCGAAUCGGGGACACGGUGACGUGCAUCUGUGAUUUUAAGUGCAGCGGUGACUAUGCUCCAGUGUGCGGAUCGAAUGGCGAGAGCUAUGAGAACCACUGUCUCCUGCGCAAAGACGCCUGUAAACUGCAGACAGAGGUGCUGGUGGUGUCAGACGGAGCCUGUCCUGUCGGUACUAGAGGUGACUGUCCUUAGUGUGUGUGUAUGUGUGUGUGUGUUUGUCUCCAAGGUGCCUGUUGGACUGCAAUCAUUAACACUUUACAAUAAUGCUAUAUUUCUUAAAACGAGAAUUACUUUAGAUAAAUUAAUUCACAACAAACUAAACUAAACUAAACUAAAAGCACAACAAAACUAAAAAUUAAGAUUUACUCUGAAUACGAUUACAAUCUGUGUUUUGGUUAACUCAUAAUGUUUUUUUUUUUUAACUCGACACUGU